AUGUUUAAUUAUUCGCUGGUGAAGUCUGUAAAUUGCUUUUUCCCGUUAAUAUGGGAUAGCAACACAUCAACACAAGAACACCCAAUCAUUUCACAGAACUUUUUUGGGUUUCUGAAAUUUUCAACUUUUCUCGCUCUUUUAUUCCUUUUUUUGAUACAACCUCAAGCCAAGGAUGAACAAAUUAAACUAUUUUCUAUCACUACCAUUCAAACAUAUUUAAAAGAUAAUAUUUUUGUGGGAGGAGACUGUCGAGUUAGGAUACUCUAUAUUACCUUUUCUAACAAGAAUGAGAUCCCUCCACCUUUUUUAUUUCUAUAUUUAAGGAAUCCUUAUAGCGUUGGUGAACAUUACGAUUUUAACAGUUGUUUGAAUAUUAUCUCAAAAUGCAAAGUGCUUAUAAUACUCAAGUUAUGGAGAAAAACGAUACAAGAUACGAUACAUUCGACUCAAACGUUUAGAAAGAGAACGGGAAUUUUGAUCAGUGAAACAAAAUAUUUUCUAAAUAAAUCCAAAAGUAAAUGGAUCAGUGUUGGUUUUUCGUUGGAGAGAAAAUAUGAAGUUGUGAUUAAGUUGGGUGGAAUUGAAAAUAAUCAACACGUUAUAUUCAAUGAAGACCAAUGGAUAUCUUUUUUACACAAUCAAGGAAUCAUGCUAAGUUUUGUUUACUCUAACAAAACCGGAUGGCAACCCAUGCGUGAAAAUGGUUUUCAAAUCCACUUCGUCUAUAUGGGAGAUGCAAGAAUUAUCAAGAUAAGUCAAGACGGAGGCAAUGAAGUCUUUUUAGCAGGCGAAACCAUGAGUGAACUCUCGAACUUGGUGAAUUUAGUUAAAUAUCGCUGUGAUAUGUUGAAAUUUCAAGAAUUUUCAAAAUAUUACAAUAUUUUAGUGAGUGGUGUCUCAUCAAAAUCUGGAGAUCUGAUGAAUAAUCUGUAUAAAAUUAUUUCUCCUUCAAAAAAUCCCAAUAGUGCAAAUAUUUGUUGUAUGUUGGAAUUAUUAAAUUUCUAUUCUGAUUGUAUUAUUGAGGAUGUAGAAUCUUUUGCUUGCAAUGAAUUUGUAAAUAGCUGUAUUGGAAAAUAA